AUGGCAACUCCAGCGAUCACCAAAUCCAGAUUCGUUCUUCGAAUUUUCGCCAAUCCAGGAAUAUGCUCAACGCAGCAAACCAGAUCCAAUGCAAUCUGGAGCAAUGUGGAAAUGGGCCCACCUGAUGCCAUCCUGGGGGUGACAGAGGCUUUCAAAAAGGACACCAGUCCAAAGAAGAUGAACCUUGGAGUUGGAGCAUACAGAGAUGAUGCUGGCAAACCAUACGUCUUGCCGUCAGUCAAAAAGGCAGAAGAGGAGAUCCUUCGAGCUGGACUAGACAAGGAAUAUGCUGGCAUCACUGGUAUUCCAGAUUUUUCUAACUCGGCCAUUAAACUGGCAUUGGGUGCUGAUAGCCCAGUGUUGAAGAACGGACUGAAUGUGACAACUCAGGCAAUAUCUGGGACAGGAGCCCUGCGUGUUGGAGCUAACUUCUUUAACAAGUGGUAUUCAAAGAGCAAGACUUUCUGGAUCCCAACACCGUCCUGGGGCAACCACACACCAAUUUUCAAACAUGCAGGGUUGAACGUCAACUCCUACAGGUACUAUGACCCUAAUACUUGUGGCUUUGACUUCAAGGGAGCAAUAGAAGACAUUAAUAAAAUACCGGAAGGGGAUGUGAUUGUCCUUCAUGCUUGUGCCCACAACCCUACAGGUGUUGAUCCAAAGCCAGAGCAGUGGAGAGAGCUGAGUCAGGUGAUCAAGAAGCGCAAGCUGUACCCUUACAUCGACAUGGCCUACCAGGGCUUUGCUAGCGGUGACACAGACAAGGAUGCUUUUGCCGUGCGACAGUUCAUCAGUGACGGCCAUCAGGUUGCUCUGAGCCAGUCGUUCUCCAAAAACAUGGGACUUUACGGUGAACGUGUCGGAGCUUUCACCAUCACCUGUGCAGAUGCCGACGAAGCCGCCCGUGUUUUGUCCCAGGUUAAGAUCAUCAUCAGGCCGCUGUACUCCAACCCUCCAGUUCAUGGAGCUCGCAUUGCAGCCAAAAUUUUGAACACUCCGGACUUGAACAGUCAGUGGUUGAAGGAAGUGAAAGGCAUGGCUGAUCGCAUCAUCACCAUGAGGACCCGGCUUCGGGACGGGCUUAAGAGAGAAGGCUCAAGUCACAACUGGCAACACAUCACAGACCAGAUUGGCAUGUUCUGCUUUACUGGCCUGAAACCUGCCCAGGUGGAGAGACUGACCAAGGAGUUCUCCAUCUACCUGACCAAGGAUGGUCGGAUCUCUGUAGCUGGUGUCUCCUCUGGAAAUGUGGACUACCUGGCUCAUGCCAUCCACCAGGUCACCAAGUAA